AUGCAGGUACUCCUGAGAUCGUCGUCCCUCUUUCUCCAUAACGCCACAUAUGGCCGUGUCUUCUUCAAGCAAGUCAUGGUGCAGUUUCCAGAAACGUGGCCACAACGCAGCAAAGCCCGAAGCGCGCCCAAAUGUUGCUUCACAAAGAGUCACGUACGAGUUCAAAUCAUGAACGCAGAUCAAGGCGAUCCCUUCAGCACAACGCAAAAACGGGGCUGCGGGGAACGCGGAGACUUUAUUCAACUGUCGUCCCAAGUACUCACGGAGCUAAGCAAGGAUGACUUUGAAGCCGCAACGUACGCCUUUGUGAAACAGUGGGCUCAUUUCCGAUACGGCGUCUUUUAUGAGCAUGGGCGCGUGGGACACCCAAAGUACCCAAUAACAUACUGCACUGAUGUGGAUAAGACAAUGCUCGAUAGGAACACAUGCUUCAAAGACCUGGUGGUGUCCUAUCAUGAGGAAAGAAGGGAAGGUGGAUGCCACGUCGACAAGGACUGUCAUGUUACUGAAAAGUGCCAGGUGGAGGUCCUUCAGUCAAGCGCAGGACAUGUUGGAAAAUCUUCUAUCAUGUUCGGAAUUCCUGUCCCUAACGUAACUCAUUUUUGUGGCUCGGACGGGGCACACCUUCAACACAACAGGUUCGCACCAAACAUGCAGAACGACCUGUGCAAUGGCGCGUCCACCUGGGAUGUCAUCAUGCGGCACAAAGACUUCAUGCGGCUGCCUCCUCCAAAUAUGUCGAAGCCCAUCAAGCUGGAAAUCAUAGAACUCCAGCAAAAACCAGGCCUGGUCCGUCGUGCUGUUCUUGCUUUAGACGUUUCCUACAGCAUGGAUGACCACAUGCGACUGGAAACAAUGAAGGAUGUUGUUGAUGACUUCCUCUUGGGCCUACUCCCUGACACUGUCCAUCUGGCUAUUGUCAGUUUCAGCGAGAAGGCGCGCGUAGAGCACUCCAUGGAGCCUGUCAACAAGAGAACUCUCAAAGGAUUUCGAGAUUGUGUGAAGAAGAUGCGUACGUCUUCAGCAACAUGUAUCGGCUGCGCCCUGAGGAAGGCACUUGAGGUACUGGGUUCUUCUAAGAACAAUCCAGUAGGUGGAACUAUUCUGCUUUUGACCGACGGAAGUGAGAAUAGGGAACCCAAGAUUGCCGAGGUCCUACCGGAACUGUUAGAGGCAAAGGUCGAAGUUGUGGCUAUGGCAAUGGGAAGCGAGGCUGAAGACAAGCUGGAGGACCUCGCCGGAGCAACAAAUGGGAAAACCUUGUUUCUUCCAGACCGUUAUGUAAACACGUCCAGAGCGUACAUUGAAGCCAUCGCUAGACGCAGUCGGACGGGUUUGGCCACUGCCAAUGAAACUGUGGAAGGUAGCGCCAAGGAAGAAAGUCUUGCGGGCUACGAUACCACGGGCCUUUAUAAUAGCGAACUUUUGCCGCAAGCAGAAGCACUCGAAGCCAAUGCCAAAGGUUCUCUUCGUGAAGGCCGAAACAAGUUAGUCUACCUGGCUCAGGCAACAAAACCGGAAAUGUUCCAGCUCAAUAACAACAAGUGCGUACAGGGCUACGGAUACCACGCGAAUCUCCGCAUGCACAAGUCUCUUGGGGAAGCCUUGAGGACUGACCACGAAGCUGAUCCAAUAGAUGUAACAUAUCAAGCGAAAAUCUUCAAGGGAACCCUCGAAGAAAAGUUCAUUAUUGACGAUGACCUGGGCAACAAUACAAUCGUCACCGUGGGCGAAAUCUCCACUGGACAGUCCUCACCGGUGGCCUUCCUCGUUGACCCCACAGGAAAUAGGUGUCAAAACUGUCAAGAUGUUACCAGUGACUCCCGAAAAAUUAUUACCAUACCCAGCCCCGCAAUGGCGGGCACAUGGAAGGUUCAAGUGGAGAGCACAAGCAAGGACGAAGUCAUGGUCUACAUCCUUGUCACGUCCCAAGCUAGAAACCUGACCGAGAAACCGAUAGUGGCAUCGUGCGAAGUGUCGAAGGAGGUGGUUGGUAAUCCAAAUGAAGCAGUCAUACUGGUUGAUGUUAAGAAAGGGGAGCGUGUUGUCAUCGAUGCAAAAGUAACGGCACUGGUCAUCAGCGAGAAUGGGUUUGCGUGCACUGUCCAACUGCUUGACGAUGGCAAGGAAGGGUCGACUGUUAUAAGCGGUCCAAUACGUAGAAAGCCCGUCAAGCAGUCCUCGAAGCCUAUGCCGACCAACGUCGACUCUCUCCUAAAAGAUAUCCAGCCCGUGGCGCCUUUCCAGAGAAUAACAGGCGGUAAUACCUUCAAAGUCACCAAAAACCUUCAGUUGAAGGAUGUUCCUCCUGCUCGAAUCGAAGACCUUCGGGUUGUCAUGGGCAAGAUUGAGGCAGACGGAACACCUAUUGUGACACUUGCGUGGACGUGGCCUGGCGCCCACAUGAACCAAGGAAAAGCUGCUGCAAUAGAGAUCCGAGGUGGCACGGACAUUUACGCGGUUCAUUCGGGCUUCGACAGCCAAGAAGUUAUAUCCAAAAUCGUCAAAGGCGACCUAGACCCCCUCCCUGCUGGUUCUGAACACGUCGUCACCAUUGCCCUUCCCCGCCACUGGGUGGUUACGACAAAUGACGGUGCCGCCUUCAACUACACCGGGUACGUGGCAGCGCGGGUGAUUAAUGCGGCUGGGCUCAAGUCUGAAACGUCAAGGGUUAUUCAGAUAAUGUACGUAAACCAAAGCCCUUUCGCAGCAUUACCUGUACCGACAAGGCCUCCCAAGAAGACAACGCCGGCCAAGGCUGAACCAGCGCUUGAUGACGCAACGACCCCCACUGCGGAGGCAUAUAGUGAUAGCACAAAAGACAGUACGUUCAUCGUCAUGUGGAUCCCCUUGGCAAUUGCAGCAGCGAUCACUGUUAUUGCCAUCGUCAGCUGUCUCCUGCUCAGGAGCAAGGCGAGCAACCUUGACGGAAACGAGAUGCCCGCCAUUAGGAUGGAAAACACUGCGGUGCCAAACUGA